UUUAAUUCAAUAUGGCGGUGGUUACUGUUAGAUACAGUCAGUAAACUACUGCGCUUCGCCUUUAUGGACAUAUUCACAACAGAUAACUUACUUGCACUGGAGGGUUUUCGAAAAAUUUCUUGAGGCUUAUUUACGUGACCAACGUCUCUUCAGCUCCAUGUCCGCUGUCACCUCGAGGCAUGUCUCAAAGUGGGAAGCUUCGCGUGGCAGUUAUCGGGGCUGGGGCUGCAGGGCUUUGUGUGGCUCGACACAUUUUGGCCCGUCCACUGACUUUUGUGCCACCCGUGGUUUAUGAGCUGACCGACCACGUGGGUGGCACCUGGUUCUACGAAGAGCGUGUGGGCACCGACGACAAUGGGUAUCCAAUUCACAGCAGCAUGUACCGAGAUCUCAGGACGAAUCUUCCAAAGGAGGUUAUGAUGUUCCCUGAUUUUCCAUUUGACCCCAAAUUGCCUUCCUUCCUGCACCAUCAGGAUGUGUUGCAUUAUUUGGAGAAUUACUGCAAUAGUCAUGCAAUUACUCCACACAUAAAGUUCAGCACAGUGGUGGAAGAGGUGAAGCCCAUCACCAUGGAGACAGAAAGGGAGGGAGCUUUGAUGUGGGAGGUAAUUUCAUGUGGCAAAUGUGGAGGACAAAGCACAGAGAUGUUUGACUCUGUCUUCGUCUGCAGCGGUCAUUACUCUGACCCUCAUGUGCCCUCCAUUCCGGGGCUGGAGCAUUUCAAAGGAACAGUGAUGCACAGUCACUCCUACCGCUAUCCAGAACCGUUUUCUGGCCAGUCCAUUGUGGUGCUGGGAGCAGGAGCAUCUGGGGUUGAUAUAUCAAUUGAACUAGCUCAAGCUAAUGCCCAAGUCAUUCUCAGCCAUAAUAAGCCAGCUUUGCCUUUCUCCCUGCCCGCUGGUGUCCGACAGGCAGCCCCUGUAGUGAGAGUGUUAGAAGAUGGUUCAUUUGAGUUCCAGGAUGGUUCCCUCGCACACGCCCAAGUCCUCAUGCUCUGUACAGGAUACAAUUUCACCUUCCCGUUUCUUCACUCAACACAGCUUGGCUUACAGGUCCAGGAGCACCUGAUAACACCUCUUUACAAGUUCUUGGUACCACCUGCCUAUCCGUCUCUCUUUUUUGUGGGUAUUUGCAAGGUCAUUUGCCCUUUUGUACACUUCAACUGUCAGGUACAGUUUGCUCUGGCGAUUCUUGACGGGACCGUAAAGUUGCCGUCUCGGGAGGAAAUGGAAAAAGAGGUCCGGAGAGAAAUGCAGGAGAAGGCAGAGAGAGGCGUGCAAACAAAGCACCUCUUAAAAAUGGAUUCUGAACAGUGGGAUUACUACAAGAUGUUAGCCCGCACGGGUGAGUUUUCACCACCGCCACCUGUAAUCCAGAGCCUCUAUGACGAAGUAGGCAGACAGAGACGGAAAGAUCCACGAACCUACAGGCACCUGAAUUACAGCCUACUUAGCGACACACGGUGGACACUGCUGGAAGCACAGCCGUUAAGAGCUGAUGAAGUUUAGUUAAGCUCAAUCAGUAACAUUUACACCCUUGCACAUAACAGUGAAUGAUUUUCAAAUUACUCAAUUCUCAUGC